CUGCUGCUGCUGCAGGCAGCAGCUGUGUCGGCUCAGAAACUGGAUGAGAAUGACCCCGUUGUCACCACCACCAACGGCAAGCUGCGCGGCAUUAAGAAAGAGCUCAACAAUGAGAUCCUGGGUCCUGUUGUACAGUUUCUGGGUGUCCCGUAUGCCGCUCCACCCGUUGGCGAACGCCGCUUCCAGCCACCUGAGCCACCAGCAUCGUGGCCCGAGAUCCGCAACGCCACACACUUUGCCCCGGUGUGCCCUCAGAGCAUCGUGGAGGGCCGUCUGCCAGACGUGAUGCUACCCGUGUGGUUCACCAACAGCAUUGACGUAGUGUCCACAUACGUCCAGGACCAGAGCGAGGACUGCCUUUAUCUUAACAUCUACGUCCCGACUGAGGAUGGUCCCCUUACAAAGAAACACACUGAUGAUUUAGGUGAUAGUGACCGCACGGACGAUGAAGACAUUAGGGAGAGUGGAAGCCCCAAGCCGGUGAUGGUUUUCAUCCACGGGGGCUCCUACAUGGAAGGAACUGGAAAUAUGUUUGAUGGCAGCAUCCUGGCCAGCUAUGGGAAUGUGAUUGUCAUAACUGUUAACUACCGGCUGGGCGUCCUAGGGUUCCUGAGUACAGGUGACCAGGCAGCCAAAGGGAAUUACGGUUUGUUGGACCAGAUCCAGGCUCUGCGUUGGACUAGUGAGAACAUUGCAGCCUUUGGCGGUGACCCAUUACGUAUCACUGUGUUUGGCUCAGGCGCUGGAGCUUCCUGUGUCAACCUGCUCACGUUGUCUCACUACUCUGAGGGCCUGUUCCAGAGGGCCAUCGCCCAGAGUGGCACGGCUCUUUCCAGCUGGGCCGUCAGCUUUCAGCCAGCUAAGUAUGCCCGGAUGCUGGCCCGUAAGGUGGGCUGUAACCUGGAGGACACUGUAGAGCUCGUGGUGUGUCUGCAGAGAAAACAUUACAAGGAGCUAGUAGAUCAAGACAUCCAGCCAGCCCGCUACCACAUCGCCUUUGGACCUGUUAUCGAUGGAGAUGUUAUACCUGAUGACCCUCAGAUACUCAUGGAGCAAGGUGAGUUCCUCAACUAUGAUAUUAUGCUGGGAGUGAACCAGGGUGAGGGCCUAAAGUUUGUCGAGCUUAUUGUGGACAACGAAAAUGGCGUCCAGGCUAAUGACUUUGACUACGCCGUGUCCAGCUUUGUGGAUGACCUCUAUGGCUACCCAGAGGGUAAAGAUAUCCUCCGAGAGACCAUCAAGUUCAUGUACACCGACUGGGCUGAUAGGCACAACCCGGAGACUCGCCGGAAGACAUUGCUGGCCCUUUUCACCGAUCACCAGUGGGUGGCACCAGCUGUUGCCACCGCUGAUCUGCACUCCAGCUUUGGGUCACCAACAUAUUUCUAUGCCUUCUACCAUCACUGUCAGACGGAACAGGUACCACCGUGGGCAGAUGCAGCUCAUGGAGAUGAGAUCCCAUAUGUGUUUGGGCUACCGAUGAUUGGACCAACAGAGCUGUUUCCCUGCAACUUCUCCAAGAAUGACGUGAUGCUCAGUGCCGUAGUCAUGACCUACUGGACAAACUUUGCCAAGACAGGUGACCCAAACCAGCCUGUCCCUCAGGACACCAAGUUUAUCCACACCAAGCCCAAUCGCUUUGAAGAAGUUGCAUGGACACGCUACAACCAGAAAGAUCAGCUUUACCUCCACAUUGGCCUGAAACCCCGAGUCAAAGAGCACUACCGUGCCAACAAGGUCAACUUGUGGUUGGAGCUGGUUCCUCAUCUGCACAGCCUCAACGAGGUCACUCAGCUCAUUCCCACUACCACUAAGAUCCCUCCACCAGAGGCUACCAACCGUACCCCAAAGACUAAGAUUCUUGUGACCAAACGCCCUAACCCGACUCCGUUCCCCACUGAGAUCCAGGACAGCCACAACCAGCCACACCUGGUGGACCAGCGUGACUACUCCACUGAGUUAUCAGUGACCAUUGCUGUGGGAGCCUCCUUGCUCUUCCUCAACAUUCUGGCUUUUGCCGCGCUUUAUUACAAGAAGGACAAGCGCCGGCAUGAUGUCCAUAGGCGCUGCAGCCCCCAACGGAGUGCCGCCAACGACCUAGCCCACACUCAGGAGGAGGAGAUCAUGUCCCUGCAGAUGAAGCAGCACUCAGACCUGGACCGGGAGUGCAGGGGGGUGGGCGACUCCCUGCACCCGCACGAUGUGGUGCUGAGAACUGCCUGCCCACCGGACUACACUCUGGCCAUGAGGCGUUCACCAGACGACAUCCCGCUCAUGACGCCAAAUACCAUAACCAUGAUCCCCAGCACCAUGGGGGGACUUACCUCGCUCCACUCUUUCAACACCUUCCCCAGCAGUGGGCAGAAUAAUACCCUGCCCCACCCACACUCACACUCCACCACCCGGGUAUAG